GAGUGAAAGUGGCGUUGCUCUCUGCCAGACAGGACACCUGUGUGUGUGUAUUUAUAGUGAGCCCGACGGGUGGGCUCCCCUCCACACUGGGGGCACAGACUAUCAGGCAAAAGGACGAGGUUUUGCUGCAUCAUCUCCGUGUUUGCAGGGCUUGACUACAAUGGAAGAUGGUUUGCAGCACAGCCUUUCCUCUAUUAACACAGCCACUCAAGAGCCGAAACCAAACUGUAGUUCUGAGGCUUUCAAAGCCCAUCAGGAUCAACAAAGUCUUUCCUUAGGGCCAGAUGAUGAAUGUGAUAGCUCUGACAAAGACGUUUACCCACAUGCAACUCAGAACCAGCUGGAGUUCCAGGUAGGAAACGAGGCAGCGUCAAAUCAGGGUCCAGCUCCGGAUGGGGAGCAGGAUGAGCCGACCCAGGGCUCUGUGGACACAGAUCCCAACCUGUCAGCCAAUCAGUGUGAAGCUGAGGAAUCCGAUGGCAGUGUCCCGGAGCUGGUCGUCACUGAGGCAGAGGAGUCCCGUCGGCCAGCAGCAACUCUCCAGAGAUCAGAGAGACCUCCAGCCCUGGUGAUCCCUGCCGCCAUCAGCAUCACCACUCUGGGCAGCAGCGCUGACGGAGGAGACAUGAACUGCUGUGACCUCCUGUCUCCAAGGAGUGACUCUUUCUCAUUGACCGUUUCCAGGAGGAGCGAGGAGGACGAUACGAGGAGUGUAGCUGCUUCAUCCAUCAUGUCGCUGUUCCACAGAGUGCACAUGGAUCCUCUGGAGAAGGACUGGCUGAGGAGCUCGGCUCGGGGGAACAUGACUGCCCAGCGUCUGCUGCUUGCUCAGGAGCCCAGUCUCAUCUUGAAAAAGGACUUCAUCAAUUCUGGCGGUGUUGUAGAUGAGGCCGGGGUGUCUUUGGAUGUGGCCACGGGCCCCUUGUCUUACACUUAA